AUGAAGAUUGUUGCUUUCAAGGUUUUGAAAACAAUUAAAACAAGAGCAACUAAGACAAACAAACAACAAUCACAAAGACCAAUCAUUAAGGUUAUUACACUGCAGUUGGCUCUUGUUUUUUCUGCUCUGUCACAAAUCAUCGCGAUCGGUUGUGCCACAGCUUUGGAUGACUGGAGUUACAUGACACUGUUCUAUAAUUUCAUCAAUUCUGCUGGAAUUUUAACAUUUGGAAUUGUAACUGUUCUAUUAUAUCAGCCAAUAUUUACAGAAUCUGCAAGAGCAGUGAAAGAAUUGAAUAAUCAGAGUGAAACUUCUUCUGGAAGGAAAAAAUCAUUGUUUAAAAAAGCUCAAACAAUUCCAACAGAAAAUUCUAAUGUUUGA